AUGAACCAUAAUAAUAAUCAUUAUAAUCAAAACCAUAAUCAUAAUCAAAAUUGUAAUCAUAUUAAUAAUGGUUAUCCUGUUCCACUUUCUAAUGAACAACGAAACAUUAUUCCUCGACAUGCUACCGUCAGUAAUAAUCUAACGGGCAUUGUCAACAAUAAUAAUCAUUUAGCUGACCAUGGCUCAAUUAGUCCGAUGAACAUCACUCGUAUCAAUAAUCCGGCCAGUUUUACUACCAAUAAUAAUCUCACCGGCUAUUAUCACUCAGCUAAUAAUAAUUCUGUUGAUCAAAAUACUCAUUAUCAAGUCUCUGUUGAUAAUGAUUUCUUUCGUCAAAACUCUAAUAAUUUCUUUGGAAAAUCAACUGAUUCUCAUGGCAGUUCAGCUUCAGAAUAUUGUUAA